GAAAAGGGUACUUUUAUUACAAAAAAAUAUUUACAUGCAUUUAUUUAUUACUUAUUUCAACUUAAAAAUAAGUUGUUCAAUAUAAAACGUAUUGGCAAUUGUGUAUGAUUGUAAAGUUAAAACAAUCAAUUGUUGUUUUUAUGUAUUCACAAUGAGUUUCUUGUUCGGAAGUCGUUCAUCUAAAACAUUUAAACCAAAGAAAAACAUACCAGAAGGAACCCAUCAGUAUGAGUUGAUGAAACAUGCUGCUGCUACAUUGGGAUCAGGAAACUUAAGACUAGCUGUGAUGCUUCCAGAGGGCGAGGACUUAAAUGAAUGGGUUGCAGUGAAUACUGUGGACUUCUUUAAUCAAAUUAAUAUGCUUUAUGGAACAAUAACCGAAUUUUGUACAGAGGACAGCUGUCCUAUAAUGUCUGCCGGACCAAAAUAUGAAUACCAUUGGGCAGAUGGUCAUACAGUUAAGAAACCCAUUAAAUGUUCAGCACCAAAAUAUAUUGACUAUUUAAUGACUUGGGUCCAGGACCAAUUAGAUGAUGAAACAUUAUUUCCAUCAAAAAUAGGUGUCCCAUUUCCAAAAAACUUUCAAUCCAUUGCUAAAACUAUUCUGAAGAGGCUGUUUAGAGUGUAUGCCCAUAUAUAUCACCAACAUUUUAGUGAAGUGGUGCAAUUGGGAGAAGAGGCGCACUUGAAUACAUCCUUUAAACAUUUUAUAUUUUUCGUGCAGGAAUUCAGCUUGAUUGAACGCCGAGAACUGGCCCCUCUACAAGAAUUGAUUGAUAAGUUAACUGCGAAAGAGACUCGAUGAAUACUGUAAGCUUAAUAGGAUCUAUAUACCUCUGCCUUGUAUUUAAUUUGACUUGUGUGAUCCCUUUUGGUCUAUAGAAGAUUCUAACAAGGAACACAUAUUGCACAUGAUAUACUUUAUACUUUAGCGAUUGAGUUGAAGGAGCGAUUUUAUUAUUUAGGAUUUUCUUUUUACUGUUAUAUAGUUUUGUUAUAUUUAUAGUAGUUCAUUCGAUAUUUUUUAUAUCUAACGCAGUACGAAGUAUUUAUUUAGAUUGCUUAAUACAAUUUGUGAAACUUUGGAAGUGACAGGGUAUAAAAUUGAUCAAAUAUUUGGACUAUUUUGUCACUUCAAUGUUUUUUUAUUUAAGUAUCGUCUAGAUCUAGUCAAACGAUUUAGUUUUUGAGCAUUUUCAUUUUACAACAGUUAUGAAUCAUUUUAAUGUGCAAAAUAUGUGAAAAAAUAAAUUAAAGCAACAUUUAUUAUAAAAGUGACAUGAGGAAGUGUAUUUUUUAUUGAAUACUUAAGAAUCAUGUUAUGUUAACUAAUUUUCAACAAUUCGAAGUAGCAAAAUGGUCCAAAGGUUAUAUCUAUAGUUUUUAAUUUACUAUUAUACUUACCAAGUUUCAUAAACACCUGCUUCUUAGGGUUCCUGAAAGAUUUAGGACAUUAAACAUAUUUUUAUUUAACUUUGUUUGUAAAUCACACUUUACAACUUGACAAUGACUGUUUGGGUUUCAUAAUUUGGGUAUAGCAUCGAAUAUACUGCUUGAAGCUAUCUGGGGACUUGCACAAUCAUUCUGAAGUUGUAACAUACUGCACUGAAGUGCUCUGGAGUUUUAUCCAACACCACUGUUUUAAAAACACGAAAAAUUUAUAAUAGGCUGUUAGUAAAUAUUUUAUUUUCUUGUUUCUGUGUCAGUUUUUUAAUACUGUUCGGUAAAUACAUGUUACUUUCACAUUAUUUGAUUGAAAAUACUUCUAAAAUCUUGUUUUUUGACUUUAACCAUAAAAAUUGUUUUGGCAUUGGUUAAAUAGCCUAGUUUUUUUGUUGUAAGAGAUUUCUAGUUUUCCCCUCAUUUUGAAGUUCACUUUUAAUUUUCUCGAAUAUUCCUGCCAAGUUUCUUAAAAUUUUUAAAGAGAAUAUCACUGGAGAUGACAAAUUUCACCAGGGCUGUAGAAGAAUACACAGAAAAUAAUGCAAAAAUUGCAUUGUUUCAUAGAAAUCAAAAAAUUAAUGUAUUUUACUGAAAUUCAUAGUGUAUGAUGAUCUAUUAGUUAUUCAAAAAAUGCUAUGUAUCCGAGAACUCAUCUAAUUUAAUGAAAGGAUUGUCCAAAGGUGUUAAAUCCGCAGAUUAAGGUGGGCGUUUUCGCUAAAACGUUUUCGGAAUCCAUAUUCCAUCAUCAGUGUCUAGGAGUACAUAAUGUAGCCACUAAAUAUAUGGGUAAAAACCCGUUAACAAAUAAUUAGUUACAUUUGGUAUACAAUAUUUCUUAUAAUAUGUUAAGAUGUUAAAGUUACUGUUGGAUAAGGUAACAUGGCGACAUAUGACUGCACGACGGUGUAGCAACUAAGUUCCUUCCAUAGUCUUUGUAGACACUACAGCCAACUACAGGAAGUAGAUUCCUUGUGGAUUUUUCUCU